AGGAUCAGGUACAGCUGCGUCACCUGAUGUGCGCUAUUUAAUUAGCUACAGCUUCAUGAGCAAUCAGUGUGAGCGGAUCAGAGGCCGUGGGAAAACAUCCACCAUGGCUCCGUUUGAGAAAGCCCAGCACCCUAAGCCUUUCAAACAGAGGAAAAGCUUUGCAACGAGGAAACAGGAAGUGGCUGGAAUCAGGACCAAAUUUCCAACCAAAGUUCCGGUGAUUAUAGAACGAUAUCAUCGUGAAAAAUACCUUCCGCUGCUGGACAAAACAAAGUUUCUUGUUCCACAAGAGCUCACCAUGACGCAGUUUGUCACCAUAAUCAGAAACAGGAUGACCCUCAUGCCUAGUCAGGCUUUUUACCUGCUGAUCAACAACGCAGGCAUCGCUAGCAUGUCUCUCACUAUGGCACAGGUGUACAAGGACCACAAGGAUGAGGACGGAUUUCUCUACAUGACCUAUGCCUCUCAAGAAAUGUUCGGACAAUGUGAAAGGUUGCAUCAGCUCUCAAGAUGAUAACCAGACGUGUUGUGGGGGGGUAAGGGACAGUGUUUAAAAACAAAAAAAAAAUCUGGUAACUAUUUAAGAAUGCUUGUACAUAAUGUUGAGGUUUUUUUUUUUUUUUUUGUAUAGUUUUAAAAAUUCUGUAAUUUGCCAGUGUGUACAUGAGAAUGUAUUUUAAUUAACAAUAAUAAAUUUUGUCAUUCUUGUGUCAGUAA